AUCCAACAUCAUUGAGACUGGUCCCGUGUCAACACCCACGCCUCUUGCUGGCGGAGAUCUUCUUGCCCUCCUCCUACCGAAGCUGAAGGUCCCCACAGGAGCCAAUUCAUGGCCCUGACCGGCAAUUGACCGACCUCCCUUCCCCUCCACGACGCCUCCAGAAAGCUCCAAAUCCGUCCCUCCUCCGAGCUUCUUAAAAACCUCUCUAUCUCUCUCUCCUCAGCCGCCCACACGAUGUUACAGCCCCGGAUACGGCCGCUGCUGAACCAGCCCUCGCCCUUUGCUCAGACGACUGUGGCGGCCUCCAAGAAGGCGGCAGAGGAGGACGUGAGCGUGACCCUCCGCACCUACAAGCCACGCACGCCCGGUCUCCGUCACCUGAAGAGACCUAUCAACGACCACCUCUGGCGGGGCCGUCCCUACCGACCGCUCACAUUCCCCAAGAAGGGCCAGGCGCGCGGCGGGCGCAACAACAGCGGGCGCAUCACGGUGCGGCACCGGGGUGGCGGCGCAAAACGGCGCAUCCGGACGGUGGACUUUGACCGCAAGGACCCCGGGGCGCACCUCGUGGACCGCAUCGAGUACGACCCGAACCGUACGGCGCACAUCGCCCUGCUGACCAACCGGGCCACGGGCCGCAAGAGCUACAUCAUCGCCGCGGACGGCAUGCGGGCGGGCGACGUGGUGCACUCCUACCGGGCGGGCCUGCCCAAGGAUCUGCUGGAGGACAUGGGCGGCAUCAUCGACCCUGGUAUCCUGGCCGCGCGGACAGCGCACAGGGGAAACUGCCUGCCCAUGCACCUGAUCCCUGUGGGCACCAUGAUCUACUGCAUCGCCUCCCGCAAGGACGGCCCGGCCAAGUUCUGCCGGAGCGCGGGCACGUACGGCGUGAUUGAGUCCAAGGAGGAGGAGACGCGGGACGACGGCACCAAGAUGGUGACGGGCAAGUUUGUCAUGGUGCGGCUGCAGAGCGGCGAGAUCCGCAAGGUGGACAAGGACGCCGUGGCCACCAUUGGUAUUGCGAGCAACGUUCACUAUUCUUAUACGUCACUGGGCAAGGCAGGAAGAAACCGAUGGUUGGGUAUCAGGCCCACUGUGAGAGGAUUAGCCAUGAACUCUGUUGAUCACCCGCACGGUGGUGGUCGUGGAAAGUCCAAGGGUAACAGAAUUCCCGUAAGCCCGUGGGGCAAACCGGCCAAAUCAGGUUACAAGACACGCAGAACCAACAACAUCAACAGGCAUGUUGUUACGCCACGUGUGCGCAACAUGGGCAGGAGAAAAGACAGAAAGGCAUCAUAGAAAUCCGGUGGUUUAUGCAUAUGAAGCCCAAAUCUGUAUCAGACUACGAUUUUGUAUAAUGGAAUAUCCAAUCCGACC